ACACCCAUCUUCCUUUUUCCAUCAACAUAUAAUAAAAUAAUAACCCUGGAGUCCCUGAAAAUGCAAUUAACGCCAGAAUUUCACCAAACCCAAUUGCAUUUCAUGAACAAAUUUUCUUCCAAACUCAAACCCACUAUUGAUAUCAGAUCCUUCUGCGCCUCUUCUCUUUCCCAAACCCAGAAUCUGAAGAACCCUGAAACCAUAGUUCCUGUCAGAAAGCGUAGGUCUUUGGCUUCUUCCAAUGACCAACUCAAGGAGAACUGGCUGGCUUCAAUCUCUUACUCUACUCCAGGAAAUACCCAUCUUUUGAAUGAAGACAAACUUGAGAGCUCCAGAUGGUUCCUUGGAAUCGACCCAGAUGUUUCUGGCGCUGUUGCGUUGCUGAAAAUCCAUGAUUCUGUUUGUUCCGCUCAGGUAUUUGAUUCUCCUCAUGUGCAAUUACUUGUUGGUAAAAGAACACGGAGACGAUUAAAUGCCAAUUCUAUCGUUCAAUUGGUCCGUAGUUUUGAUGCUCCACCUGGAACCACUGCAUAUAUAGAGCAGUCAAUCCCUUUUCCAAAAGACGGGAAGCAGGGCUGGUGGAGUGGAGGAUUUGGGUACGGGCUGUGGAUUGGGAUCUUAGUUUCCUCAGGAUUUACUGUUGUUCCAGUGCCAUCUUUUACUUGGAAAGCUAAGUUUGAACUCUCUGGAAGCAAGACUGCAAAGGAUGAUAGCAGGAAACUUGCAUCCACAUUAUUUCCAUCACUGAGUUCCCUGUUAAGCAGGAAAAAAGAUCAUGGAAGGGCAGAGGCUUUAUUAAUUGCUGCGUAUGGCAAAGACCAAAACAAAAGCCAUGAACAUACUGAGACCAUCAUUGACAAAUUGGAAACCUGAAAAUUUCCGAAUUUAUCAGCUUCUUUCGCCCCUUCCGUUGACUUGACUGCAUC